CGCGCGUCUCAAGCGCGUGAACUUGUUAUCCCUCUUUCUCCCCUGUUCGUCAUAUUCCGUUUCCUUCCAGUUUGCGCAUUCUUUUCAACUUUAUCGAGUUUUCAAGCAACUUAUCAGAUUUCCCCUUACUUUUCUCCGUUGACUUACCCCCCCCUCUCUCUCUCUCUCUCUCUCUCUAUACAUAUGAAUUAUAUACAUGUAUACAUGCGUGCCGAUACUGUGUACAUCAGCCCACUUGAAGUUAUAUAUAUAAAUAUACAAUUUGCUGCUGGAAAAUCCUUUACAAAGCAUUAUUUUCACCGGACAAUUUCUUGUUUCUCAUGAACACCGACAUACCCGAUAGAUAGAAUUUGUUGUGCUCCCAGAUGGUUACUGAUAAAAUGCCUGAACCAAAAAGGAAGAGAUCUUUCAUGUGGAGUUGCCUUCCAUCAGCAAUUCUCCUUUCAGCUGUUUUCUUCAUUGGAAGUGCGUUCUUAGUCACUGAUUAUAAAGAGAGGUUUUUGGGGGCAUGUAAUCUAUAUCCAAUCAAGGCUACAAAAUCCAAGACCUGUGAGUAUGAGUGCAGGCCUAAUGGCACUGAAACAUUGCCUAGAGGUAUUGUUUCUAGAACAACUGAUAUGGAGAUGCGGCCACUUUCGGGCCCUCCUAAGAAGAAGAAGUUGAAGUCACCUAUGAACUUAUUGGGUAUUGCAGUUGGAAUAAAGCAAAAGCAAAAUGUAAACGAAAUUGUUAAAAAGUUUCCGCUGACUGAUUUUGCCGUCAUGCUUUUUCAUUAUGAUGGAAAUGUCAACGGCUGGAGAGAUUUAGAAUGGAGCAAUAGUGUGGUACACGUUUCUGCAAUUAACCAGACUAAGUGGUGGUUUGCCAAACGGUUCUUACAUCCAGACGUUGUUGCACAGUAUGAUUAUAUUUUCCUUUGGGAUGAAGAUCUUGGAGUUGAAAAUUUUCAUGCUGGAAGAUAUCUGUCAAUUGUUAAAGAAGAGGGACUUCAGAUAUCACAGCCAGCAAUUGAUGCUGAAAAAUCGGAGGUGCAUUACAAACUUACGGAACGGGAAAUAAGCUCGAAAGUACACAGAAGAGCUAUUAAUUUACACGGACCAGGACGAAGGUGUUACGAAAAUAGUAUGGAACCACCAUGCACAGGAUUUGUGGAGAUGAUGGCUCCUGUUUUCUCAAGGGUAUCAUGGCGUUGUGCUUGGCAUAUGAUUCAGAACGACCUCGUCCAUGCAUGGGGCUUGGAUUUUCAGCUUGGAUACUGUGCACAGGGAAAUAGGACCACGAAUAUCGGGAUUGUCGACUCUGAGUAUUUAAUCCACUUAGGUCUUCCUACGCUUGGAGGUUCGUCAGGCACUAAGAUAAAUGAUGAAGUCGAAAAGCAAUCUUCUCCAGAUAAAAUAUUGCCGAACGCAGGAAAAACGGAGAUAUCUGCGGUAGAGCCAUCCGAUGAAAGAAAUGCUGUUCGGAGAGAGUCGUUCAUCGAAUUAGACGACUUCAAGAAUAGAUGGAAGAAAGCUGUGAGAGAAGAUGAAUGUUGGGUAGAUCCAUUGCAAACACCUCCACAGCAGAACUGAUACUAAAAAAAAUUAACUCAUGUUGAAAAUUGUAAUUUAUUGAGAUUAAUUGAACCCAAUUAUUUAAAUAAAUAAAAUUAAUUUAAAGAAAUUUAAAACACUUAAAUUAUAUAUCUGAUUUGGAUAGUUUAACAUCCAACAUUAAUAAUAAG